AUGGCCGGGCCCGGUGACGACAGUGCCGAUGGUGGCGGCGGCGAGCCAGGGGCUGAUGGCGAGUGGGAAGCGGGCGUCGAUGCGGCGGUUGCGCGGCUGGCCGCGACGAUGCAGGCGCGCCCCGCGGCAGGGCCGGGCGCCGCGGCAGCGGCGCCAAGCGCGCGGCUGGCCUCGUCGGCCGAGGGCAUCAUCGCGGCCGUGGGGGUGGCGCAGGGCAAGCGCGAGUUUGCGGCCUGGUGGCGCGACGCUGUGCACGGCGUGGCGCUUCUAGCGCAGCAGCAGGGGCUGGAGGAGUCCGAGCGGGGCGAGCUGACGCGGCAACUGCAUGAGAUGGGCGCAAAGAACAUCAGCCUGUACAUCUGCGACGCCCCUUCACACCUCUGGUAUUUCGAGCUGUUGUGCGAGAAGCUCACCACUGGCGAGGCGGCGGAGGCGCCGCCUACUGUCUGGGGACGCGCACUGACAAGCAUGAAGCUCGGCCCCCUGCAGAGCUUCCUGCUCGACGUGGCAGGGAAGUGGUGGCGCGGCCAGGAGGCGGAGCUGCGCCGGCGGCGACAGGUCCUCGCGGCCAGCGCCCUGUUCGCUGCGCCGGGCGACUACGAGCACCAGUCCGAGGUUGCCGAGGAAGCCGCCCGCCUGCUGGCGCUGUACAACACGAACCUCGUCCCCGUCAUGGUGCUGCUCAACACCGUCGUCCUCGGGCCGGAGCAGAUGGCAAACUUUUACGUCCAGCCGUGGCCUUGGAUGCCCGUGGUGACAUCACUUGUCGACGCCGUGCAGCAGCGUGUCGCGUCUAAGCACACGCGGCAGGCGCAGCCGCCGUAG